AUGCGCGGGGCCAGCUGCGACACGAGCUUGCCCUCCACAUCCCCGGCCACAAGGUUGGCAGCGGCGCUGUGGCGUGCCGACGCCACGCGCUUCCUGGUCUCCGGCAGCACCGGCGGCGUGCUGGCGGCGCUGGGCGACGUGGCGGGGCUGGCGGCCGUGGCCCAUGCCCACGGCCUGCCGCUGCUGGUGGACGAGGCGCACGGCGCGCACCUGGGCCUGCACCCCUCCUUCCCAGCCUCGGCGCUGGCCUGCGGCGCGGACGUGGUCGUCCAGUCCACGCACAAGACGCUGGGGGCGCUGACGCAGGCGGCCGUGCUGCACGUGCGUGGCGGCAGGGUGGACCUCGACCGGCUGGACCAGGCCUUGCAGGCCCUGGGCCUGGAUGGACCUGCAGCUGCCGCCUGGCUGGAGGCCGAGGCCGGCGUCGUGCUGGAGAUGAGCACGCCCCGCGCCGUGGUGGCCGCUUUCGGCAUCGGCAGCGCCGCGGGCGACGGCGACGCGCUCGUGGAGGGGCUGUGGGCGCUGUCGCGCGCGCGCUGGGACCCAGGAAGAGCGGCGAGGUGUGCUGCCGGCACGGGUCCCUCCGAGCCCAGCCUGACCCCGCCGCCGCUGCCAGAGGUGGUGCUGGCGCCGCGUGAGGCGCUGGCGCGCCGCACCACCGCCGUGCCCCUCGUCGCGUCCCUAGGCAGGGUGGCGGCCGAGGCGGUGUGCCCCUACCCCCCGGGCAUCCCGCUGCAGCGGGGCCAGGCUCGGGCUUGA